GCGAGACGCUUAACAUGGCGCGGUGCUUGCUACUUUAGUGGCUUCUGAAGCUAACGUCCAUAGCAUAUUAAUACCUUUUUAUUUUGUCAUAAGAACGCAUCUGAAUGUGUUCUAGUUCUUGGAGCUGGUAGAUGGAUAUAACGUAACAAGGACUAGUAUUCGAUUUCCCUACAUUUUUCUUGUCUGUGCAGAUUAAAACACUUUAGUCCUACAGGUUAGCAUCUCUGCUAACGUGCAUUAAGCUAGCUUGGAGUUAGACACGCUCUUUUUUUGAGGACAUUCAUGGCUUUCUAUGAAGCGUACUCCCAUCCGGCUGUAAUACGUUACAAAACCAGCGUGUGUACAAAGGCGACUUUGUUCCUGGUUGUUGUUUUGUGUCUCACCUACAUCUCACCUCUGCUGGUCGCUUACAGAAGUCAAGGUUUCUGGAUAAAACACAGCACUUAUGAAGAACAGCCAGUUGUGAGGUUCCAGUACCAGACUCUGCUGGUGGCAGCGACCAGUACUGGAGGACACUAUGUCGCCUGGAGCACCUUUUCCCAUCUCAACAACAUGCUCGGAGCUAACCUGCGGAUCCCAUCUGUGUCUGUGAGAGAGGAGGACCUGAACCAGGAUGGGAAGCUGGACCGUUUGAUCUUUCGGCUGCAGCUUCCUCUGAAAGCUGAUGAGCAGGUUUACAGCGUUCAGCUGCUGCUCACCUUCAGCUACCAGCUCUUUCGGAUGUCCACCGUAGUGAUGCAGAGCCUGGCCUUUGUGCAGCACGCCUCUCCCGUCCCCGCCGCCAAGCUGCUCAUCAGCGGCGACCUGAGGCUGCAGCAGAGGACGCCGCUGCCCCACCGGGGCCUGCACGACAUUUACAACGUGUCAGUGAUCGAUGAGUUCAGUCCUUUUGCGAGUACGUACGACCUCGAAAACAUUAUCAGGAGCUACCAGGAGAGAAACUUGACAACGGUGCUGUCCUGUCCCACACCGGUGUGGACCGUGGGACGAGCUGUGGGUUCCCCCUUUGAGCUUAAUGCUGAAGUCCGUUUCUGGGAAACCAUCAAGUUUGCCUGGAUUCAGUACGUCAGCAUCCUUCUCAUCUUCCUCUGGGUCUUUGAACGCAUCCAGAGAUUUGUUUUUCAGAACCAGGUUCUAAGGACCGUGCCCAUACCGGUGGGGAAGCCUCACCUGUCGUGA